CAGAAGCAAUUUUAUACUUUAUUGAAAGCUUACCUGGGAGUGGUUUUACCUCCUCUGGGGUUAAGAAAGAUUUUUUUUUUUUUUCCUCUCAGGACCAAAGGUGGAGCUAGGUUAAAAGAGUUGAAUCUGAAAGAGCACCCCUGUCAGUUCUGUUCUGUCCUGGGAGGCACACAGGGGAGAAGAACCUCUGUGGAUGAGAGGAGGCUACAGGUGCAGAAGGUUUGACGUGAUCGCCCAAACUCUCCCGUAGCAGCACACCAAGCACCGCUGCCACUUCCAGGAGUCACCCGGAUGCCCAGAGGGCACUGGAAAGCAUGAGCUACUACGGCAGCAGCUACCCGAUCGUGAACGUGGACCCCAAGUACCCGGGCUACCCCCCAGAGCACAUCCUGGCCGAGAAGCGAAGAGCAAGGCGGCGCCUGCUGCACAAAGACGGCAGCUGCAACGUGUACUUCAAGCACAUUUUCGGAGAGUGGGGCAGCUACGUGGUGGACAUCUUCACCACCCUGGUGGACACCAAGUGGAGGCACAUGUUCGUGAUAUUCUCCUUGUCCUACGUCCUCUCCUGGCUGACGUUCGGCUCCGUCUUCUGGCUCAUCGCCUUCCACCACGGGGACCUGCUGAACGACCCCGAGCUCACGCCCUGCGUGGACAACGUCCACUCCUUCACCGCGGCCUUCCUCUUCUCCCUGGAGACCCAGACCACCAUCGGCUACGGCUACCGCUGCGUCACCGAGGAGUGCUCCGUGGCCGUGCUCACGGUCAUCCUGCAGUCCAUCCUGAGCUGCAUCAUCAACACCUUCAUCAUCGGGGCCGCCCUGGCCAAAAUGGCCACCGCCAGGAAGAGGGCCCAGACCAUCCGGUUCAGCUCCUUCGCCCUCAUCGGCAUGAGGGAUGGCAAGCUCUGCCUCAUGUGGCGCGUGGGUGACUUCCGCCCCAACCACGUGGUGGAAGGCACGGUGAGAGCCCAGCUUCUGCGCUACACAGAAGACAGCGAGGGGCGGAUGACCAUGGCCUUCAGGGACCUCAAGCUCGUCAACGACCAGAUCAUCCUCGUCACACCGGUGACGAUCGUUCACGAAAUCGACCACGAGAGCCCCCUCUAUGCCCUCGACCGAAAAGCCGUGGCCAAAGAUAACUUCGAGAUUUUGGUGACUUUUAUUUAUACUGGUGAUUCUACCGGGACCUCCCACCAGUCCAGGAGUUCCUACCUUCCCCGAGAAAUUCUCUGGGGCCACAGGUUUAAUGAUGUCUUGGAAGUGAAGAGGAAGUACUACAAGGUGAACUGCUUACAGUUCGAGGGAAGCGUGGAAGUCUAUGCCCCCUUUUGCAGUGCCAAGCAACUGGACUGGAAAGACCAGCAGCUCCACAACGUGGAAAAAGCCCCGCCGGCCCGAGGAUCCGGCACGUCCGACACCAAGGUCAGGAGAAGGUCAUUUAGCGCCGUUGCCAUGGUCAGCAGCUGUGAAAACCCAGAGGAGACCACCGCCCCUGCCACGGAUGAGUGUAAGGAAGCACCGUAUCAGAAGGCUUUCCUGACUUUAAACCGAGUCUCUGUAGAAUCCCAAAUGUAGUCCCGAGUUAUCCGGACCAGGGCUACCACUCAACGAAGCCAACCACCGAAGGCAAGUAGUUAUAAACAGAGCUUUUGAAGGCGGUUAGAGCUGUCAUUGAUGGUGACAGAAGAUAAGUAGAACAGGUUAAACUUGAUAAAAGAUGGCUAACCGUUACGUCGAAUCCA